CAAGUUACUGUUUUAGAACGUUAGAACGCAAGGCACUGUUAAGAUCUUGGGGUCAAGACCAACAUCCGUAAAACUCCGAAAUUAUAGUUGCUAACCAUAUUGAUAGAAUAACACAACAACCUUAGGCGGGUUUAACGCUUUUCAGUGGUAUUUGUAGACGUAGACCAGAAUACAGUUUCUGUUUCUCACGUUAAACUCUAGAAUUGGGUAGAAGAUAUUUUGAAUAACUUUAUGACCCACAUUUUGAACAUUGAUAUAUGCUACAGAAUGUCUCUUAAACCUAAACGUGUUGAUUUUGUCACUACCUGGGCUGAUUUAAAGGAGACAGUAAAAGGUGUUGUUACAUUGGGAAAUGUUCCACAUACUGUGUGGCACAAUCGUUUCAGUGAUGUAUAUUCACUUUGUGUGGCAUACCCAGAACCUUUAGCAGAAAAAUUAUAUCAAGAAACAAAAAAAUUUUUGGAGGACCAUGUUAAAUCUCUUCUUAUCCAAGUGAAUGGCAGCAGUGAAGAACAACUUCUCACAGUAUAUUAUUCUCUUUGGCAGCAAUAUAGUCAAGGAAUGGACUAUUUACACAGACUCUAUUCGUAUCUUAACACCCAACACAUUAAGAAACAAAAAGCCACAGAUGCAGAGCUUCUGUAUGGAACAUUGUCUUAUGAAUCACCUGAACAAAUGAAAGAAAUUGGUGAACUGGGCUUGGACCUGUGGAAAAAGCACAUGAUAGAGCCCUUGAAAGGUGACCUGCUGAGAUUGCUUUUGGGAGCAAUACAUUGUGACCGUACAGGCCAAUCGCUGUAUAAUGAAAAAUCGUCAACAAUUCAGGGCGUCAUUCAGUCAUUGGUUUCCGUUGAGGAGUACAAAAAGAAGAACACGCUCGAGUUGUACGAGACAGUUUUUGAAAGUCCGUUUUUAGAAGCAACCGGAGAAUAUUACAGGCAAGAAGCAAGUCGCUUACUGCAAGAAUGCACAAUUUCGUUGUAUAUGGAGAAAGUUCUGCAGCGUCGGGAUGAAGAAGAUCUACGUAGUCGUAAAUUUCUGCAUCCAAGUUCUUACGGUAAAGUCCGAAGCGAAUGCGAACAGAGAAUGGUAGCUGAUCACUUAGUGGCUAUUCACAACGAGUGUCCGGCAAUGGUUCAACAAGAGCUACAGCAAGAUCUUCGCAAUGCAUUCGCGUUGCUCAAGUCUAUUCCGGGAGGCUUAACUGUCCUCGUGUCGCAUUUUAUGGAACACAUCAAACAACAAGGGUUGCGAGCAGUGGCUAACCUUUCAGGAGAAAAUAUAGCAACCCAGUUUGUAGAAGGCAUGCUAGGUGUCCACUCCAAGUACAAAGAGAUGACCAACGUUGUUUUCGCUAACGAUCAGCUAUUCAGCAGUGCUCUGGAUAUGGCGUGUGCAUCGGUCGUCAAUCAUCGCCUUAAUACGAAACAACCUUGCAAAUCCCCUGAGUUGCUCGCCAAAUAUUGCGACUCUCUCCUGAAAAAGUCUACAAAAGGCGGUAGUGACACGGAGGUUGAGGAUAAAUUAGCGCAGUGCAUCACUGUAUUCAAGUACAUUGAUGACAAGGAUAUUUUUCAAAAAUUUUAUGCACGUAUGUUGGCCAAGAGAUUGAUUCAUCAGCAGAGUCAAAGCAUGGACGCAGAAGAGGCCAUGAUCAACCGUUUGAAACAAGCUUGCGGUUACGAGUUUACAAAUAAACUCCAUCGGAUGUUUACGGACAUGUCGGUCUCCUCCGAUUUGAAUAACAAAUUUAGCAGUUACCUGCAAAACAAAGAUCGCAUUGAGUUAGGCCUCAAUUUCUCCAUUUAUGUUUUGCAAGCUGGAGCCUGGCCUUUGGGACAGAGUUGUCCAACUGAUUUCGCCGUGCCCCAAGAGUUAGAAAAAUCGGUCCAACGCUUUGAAGACUUUUAUCGUGAGCAAUUUAAUGGUCGGAAGCUUGCAUGGCUACAUCACUUGAGCCAAGGAGAGCUGAAAUUGAACUAUUUGAAAAAGCCCUACAUCAUCACCAUGCAAACUUUCCAAAUGGCCAUGCUUCUUAUGUUCGAAAACACCGAUUCGAUGACUUGCCGAGAACUGAUGGAAGCAACAAAGUUGAACUCGGAUCACUUUCAAAAGUAUGUACAGAGCUUAGUCGAAUCAAAGCUGCUGGCAGUGUCUGGUGGUACUGGUGAAGUAUUCGAGCCUUCGACAGUCAUUUCGCUUAAUAUGGAUUACAAUAACAAACGAACCAAAUUUCGUAUUACCGCCGCUGUCCAGAAAGAGACAGUGCAGGAAACAGAGCAAACUCAUUCUUCCAUAGACGAGGACAGAAAGCUGUAUCUACAGGCCACAAUUGUUCGCAUUAUGAAAUCCAGAAAGAUAUUACGUCACAACGUUCUGAUCCAGGAAGUGUUGAGCCAAUCGAAAGCCCGAUUCGCCCCUUCCAUAAGUUUGAUUAAAAAGUGCGUCGAGACUUUGAUUGACAAGCAGUACUUGGAACGGACUCCUAAUUCGACGGACGAAUAUAGCUAUGUAGCAUAGGUAAUGCAUUGCGUUUGGUGUAUUCGCAAUAGGAUAUACUACGUUGAAAUUCUUGACAUAGACAUUUCGGAAAUUAUGGAGUAUAAAUUGAAGUAGACGAACUGGCAAAUAUUUUGUUGGGCCUUUUGGAUAAUCUCAUAUUGUAAAUGAAUAACUUCUUUUUGCAAUUUUCAUUCAGUUUUUCUGCUGUGCAUGUAGAAAACUUAUCUACAUUUUGAACAUCGUUUAAAGUGCAGUAUUAGAAAUACAAUAUACAAGGAUAACGUAA